AAUGGAAGAGUUGAUAUCUGCAAAUACAUUUCCUUUGGGCAAAAAUUAGGUCUUUAUAUUUUCCACGCGUGUUUUACGUUCGAUUUGAAUAGCUGUAAAUGUGAAAUUCUCCGGAAACUGAUAUGAACAAAAACGUAUUUUUUCACGUCAUCCCCACUUUGAAUCAAUUUUUCCAUGUUCGAUGUUUUGAAACAUGCGCAGUAUCAACCGAUUGUGAAUUUGGUCGCACGUACAACCCACGUCCAGCGAAGAAAUUUUCCUGUGCAUAAGCAGACGUACAGAAAGGGCACAAUUCUUAGUAGAAGUUGUGCAAUAAAAAAAAAUCCAAUUGAAAAUUUUCUUCCCAGUCAAAUUGACGAAAAUCCUUUGGUGAAUUUUUGCCGUUUUGGACUAAAACGAAAAACAAAAGGAUAAAUCAUUUAAGCAAAAUAAAUUAAAAAGAAAAACUAAUAGAAAACAUUAAACAACGAACAUUUAGCCAAGUAAUUUUUGACUAUUGGAAUUUGAACAAAGUGAAGCAAAUAACUGAACGAAAAAAUGGCUGAUGGUGGUUUAGCUCCAACAACAGAGGGAAACGACGAUGGAAUCGUUGGAGGACCAAGAACUCCACAACAGAUCGCGGCUCAAAGACGAUUACAACAAACACAGGCUCAAGUCGAUGAGGUGGUCGAUAUUAUGAAAACCAACGUAGAAAAAGUAUUAGAACGAGAUCAGAAGCUAUCGGAAUUAGAUGAUCGGGCCGAUGCAUUGCAACAGGGUGCAUCACAAUUCGAGCAGCAAGCCGGUAAACUGAAACGAAAGUUCUGGCUUCAAAAUUUGAAAAUGAUGAUCAUAAUGGGAGUUAUUGGGCUUGUUAUUGUGCUAAUAAUUGCGUCCAAAUUGGGCCUCAUAGGCGGUGAUACUCCACCACAGCAGUAUCAGUACCAAUCACCACCACAGGCACCAGUGCAGCCAGUGCAGCCAGUAGCUGGUGGUCAAAAACUUUGGGAGGAUCAAACCGAUCUAUUGUCAAAUAUUAAAAAUUAAAGUUAACCGAAAUGAAGUGUGCGCAAUGUGCAUAUCUGAAUUUGUUUUGUGGAAAAUUCGCUUUAGCGAAUCGAAAGACAUUUCAGUAAUAAUUAACAUCCUGCAGUAACAAGCGUACACUUUAAUUUAACUUGAAUAACAACAACAAGAACAACAAAAAAAAAAACAUAUGACAUUUUUGGUGUUAGUUUAAACUAGUAUGCGGAUUUGAUCUAAUUGAAUAUUUAAACAAAACAAAAACAAAAUAUGUUCAAAAUGAAACGAACGCAUACCGCAAACUAAACACCUUCUACACAGCAAAAAAAAAACCACUAAAACAUUUCCAAAAAACAACAUUUUAAUAAACAAGCAAGAUGAAAAAAAAUUAAUAUGAAUGCGAAUGGUCAUAAAUAGUAAGUUACCGACACAUUCCACUAUAUGAAACGGAACAUUUAUUAAAACAAAUAUACAAACAUAGAAAUCAAUUUGCGCGCUUCUCAAUUGGUAAAAUUGAACUGGUAUCACAUUUUUUUUGAGAAAAGAAAUCCAAAACAAGAAACAACUCUUCCCCCGAACAGUCAAGUAGAGAACAAAUGAAUCUUUUGUUCGGAUAUUUUUUUUUAAUUCAAUGUUCGGCCGAUGAGUAUCCAUUAACGAAACUGAAUAACUUCAUUCAAACAGCACCGAUUGUAAAUUGCCAAUUCAUUUAAGUAAGCGCGUAAACGUGAAUAGAAACAAAUAUGAUGAAAUAAACCAACAAAAAUUAAUAGCGAAGCUAUAGUCAGCACAUGUUAAAUGUGCGCCCAAAAUAAAUCAAAGGACAAAAUGCAAUAUUUGACACCAUAAAAAAUAACUACGACUCAUAACAAAUAAAAUAGACAAAGCAAAACAUUAUUGGAUAAUAAAAUAACACAAAUGAUUGCUUAUAAGAUACAUUUUAUUUAAUUUUGAACCUUCUGAAUGUGAUUUGAUUUGUUGAUUUGUAAAUCAUUUAAUCUCAAAUCUGAGAAUUCUGUCUCACAUUUGAAAAGGAGAAAUCACAAGCUGGAGUAACUUUUUUUUUGGUUUACGGAUAUUUUUUUUAUUGCCUUCUAUUUUGAACCGUCGGCAAAGGCCAUACAUAGUCAAUGAGAAAUGAAAAGUUAUAACAACAUCACAACCAAUCAUAUUAUCAUUUAUGCAUAGACGUUAUUUAUGUUAUGCAUUCAGCCAAUAGAGAAAUUUAUUUAACUGUCUUUCCGUUUCAAUUUAUCUGUGUUUGCUUUCGAUUUAAUCUGUAUAAAAAAAUAUAUACUUAAAGUAUAAAACAAUCUAAUUGGUUGCAUCGAAUGUGUAAAACAACAAGUGAAUAAUUUAACAACAUUCGGAAAAUAGCUCCGAGAAGUGAUCCGAAUGAAAAAUAUGAACACAUACACACACACACACAAAUGAAAUCUUAAUCAAUAGUUUUAUCGUAAGCAAAAAAAAAAA